AAGAGGUCCAACAAGAGUGGAGACUACUGGCCCAAUUUCAGACUUCUUUUUUCCUCAGAGAGAAAAGGGCCAUCAUCCAUUUCGAAGGACUCAACCACGGGCACUUUGGAGGAAACUGGCAGCGGGAAACCUGGAGCAGGGAUAAAUCAGCCAACCGUAGCGAUGGAUGAGGGGGGUGAGCAGGACGAGCCUAUCUCUGCUGGGAAACAGGAAACGCGUAGGCGGAGAAAGCUCUCCCAGCCGACGGUAGACCAGUAUCAGCAGACAGAUGCCAUCGAGAAGAAGAAACUGGGAUCCGCACGGCACUCUGUGGCCAGAGACACCACGAGCGGGCAAAACGUGGCCUCGAAAACGAGCCAAACCGACCACGCUCCCAGUGGGGCUGAAUACAUCGGUUUGUCGUCUCAGCUCCAGCAAUCCUGGCAGAGGAGAAAGCACAUCCAGGACAUGGUAAGUGAAGUCCAGCAGACGGAUAAAAUUAAGAGAGAGAGAAAAAAGAAACCCCAAAAAGCAUCCCCACCGUUAAUCAAGAAAGAGUCUGUCAUCGACGUGCCACCCGAACCUGUAAUCGAAGUGCCACAGGGGUCGGAAACAGACAAUAAGGAAGAUGAGGAGGCGCAUAUACAACUGGAAGAAGAGGCGCCUAGAGAGUCAGAGAGAGAGGCUGAAGAGACAUUUAUAGAGCCAGAGGAAGAGGUGCCUGGAGAGGUGGAGGAGGUAACUUUAGAGGCAGAGGAGGAGGUGCCCGGAGAGGAGCCAGAGGAAGAGGCACCCAUUCCAGAGCCGGAGGAGGAGCCGGCGGAGGAGAUGCCCGGGCAGCCAGCUGAGGAAGCCCGCUUGGAGGAAGAGAAACCCGAGGAAGAACCCGAAGUCCCACUCAGCCCAGAGGAGAGUAGUUUCUUGAUAAACCGGUCUCAGCAGACAAGCUGCACUGGAGAUCUGGUGAUGGAACUAAUUUAUAAAGCAACGUCAAAAGAGAUGGUGGACAAGUGGCAGCAGACCACCCCGAGCCUCAUGGACGUCCCGAAAUUCGUCCGGCACAGCCCGCCUAUGAGCCAAGCGUCCAUCUCCAAAACCCCGGAGAAAGCCGGCCCCGAGGCCCCGGCGGGGGAAGCGGCAGAGGCCCAGGGCCUGGAUCACAUCCAAGGGAGCCCGAGCAAACCUUCGGUGACGCUAUCCGCCAGAGGAGCUGGCCCGGAAGAGGCAGCGGCAGAAGUCGAUGAGAAACCUCCAGAAACAGCCGCUGCUGUGGCACCAAGCGUGGCUUCGGUGCCCAAGUCCCCGGGAGAAGAAGCUGGGUCGGAAGCAUCAGCAGUGGAGACAGAAUUGCAUCCGGCAGCAGAAGCCGCCAGCGGGGCCCCCGGCCCAACUUCGGGGACUCUGUUGGCCGAAGAAUCAGGCCUCGACACAUCGGUAGCGCACGUGAACCCCGAGGCAGAAGUGUCGGCAGAAUCCCCGGCCGCAGCAGCUGAAGGGUCCGCCUCGCAGGCUCCUUGGGGUGGCCCCCCCAAGGUCUGGAGCAAAGCUUCCGUGAUUCUGCCACAGUACGAGGCCACCUCCGAGGCACCAGUGACAGAGACAGAGACAUCCAGCACGGACAUAUACUCACUUGGGCCGGAGGGACUGGAAGAAGCCCCGGUGGCCGAGGAAGAAGCCCCCGUGCUCGAAGAAGAGACCGCAGUGGCCGAGGCGGAGGCCCCUGUAGAUCCCUCCAGCAAGUCUCCGAGAAGAGCUUCGGUAUCCGAACCCGCCGAUGGAGAUGGCCCCGAGGCAGUUGCAGCGGAAUAGGAGGCUCCGGCCGAAUGAGUGGGCCUAGGCCGGAGAAGAGGCCUCUGGAAAGGGUGGUGAGCAGGUGGAAAAUGAGCAAUAAACAAGG